AUGGCACAACUACAUCAUUUUCCCUUUUUGAAGUCGUUUUUACUUGUACUAACAACACUAACUUGCGUGUCUGGAAAACAUUUCCGAACAACCAAGUUAGGUGUUAGAAACAGGUUUACGCCAAAAACGGCUGACAUCCAAGGUACCCAUAACUCGGAAGAGUAUGAGGUUUACAACUACACGCAAACGUUGGAUCAUUUCAAUUUUAAGACGGAAAGUUACACGACUUUUCAACAACGUUAUGUCGUGAACCGUAGAUAUUGGGGUGGCCCGACCAAUAAUUCCCCCAUCUUUCUCUAUACGGGGGAGGAGACGGACAUCAUGGGAGAUGUAAAAUACAUUGGGUUUGUGCGGGUGCUUGCUUCGCGGUUUAACGCUCUUUUGGUUUAUAUCGAGCAUCGGUAUUACGGGACUUCGAUGCCGUUUGGGUCGAAAGAGGAAGCAUACAAAAAUGGGAACACUCUUGGGUUCUUUAGCUCGGAGCAAGCCUUGGCAGAUUAUGCUCAAAUAAUCGUCGAUGUCAAGAAGGAUAUGUCAGCACAAAAUUGUCCGGUCAUAGCUGUCGGAGCAUCAUAUGGUGGAAUGCUUGCUUCGUGGUUCCGUUUGAAAUAUCCCCACAUCGCUUACGGAGCACUGGCGUCCUCGUCUCCGAUCCUCUAUUUUCUUGGACUCACUCCUGAAAACGGAUACGAUGCCAUAGUUUCAAAGGACUUUAAAAGUACAAGCACGAGUUGCUACAACACCAUAAGAGAAUCGUGGUUUGAAAUCGAUAGAGUUGCUCUUCAACCCCAUGGCCUUUCGAAGCUUUCCCGAAUGUUCAACACAUGCUUGCCUUUGAACACAAGUCAAGAUCUGAAGGGCAAUUUGGAGUCCCGAUACGACGCUAUGGCACAAUAUGAUAACCCUGCAGAUAACUAUUUACAAAGUUUUUGCAAUGCGAUCGAUGGAGCCGGAGAGAAGACUUAUAUUUUCGACAAAAUCUUGGCGGGAUUUGCUCCGAUUUACGGAACAAGUUGCUAUCAAGUAUAUGACUUAAAAUUCAACAAGCAUUCCGGAUGGGACUGGCAGUCGUGUACCGAAAUGGUAAUGCCGAUGGGACGUGGAGAAAACGACACGAUGUUCCAAGCGGAUCCUUUCGAUUUGGACAAAUACUCCAAGGAAUGCGAACAAGUGUUUGGUGUCACUCCGAGACCUUAUUGGGCCCCGAUAGAGUUCGGAGGUUAUGGUAUAAAAACCGUGCUCGAAAAGUUUGGAAGCAACAUCAUUUUUAGCAACGGAUUACGAGAUCCAUACAGUUCUGGAGGGGUUCUUGAAAACAUAUCAGAUACAAUUGUUGCCAUAACUACCCAACAAGGACAUCAUUGCUUGGAUGUUAGCACUCCAAUGGCUACGGACCCUGAUUGGUUGGUUGCACAACGAGAAACCGAGAUCAAGAUUAUAGAAGGAUGGCUCUCAGACUAUACCGUCCCUAAUGCUAACUAA